AUGUCGUACCGCGACGACUACCGCGAUGACCGCCGCGAUGGCGCCGAUGGCCGCAAUCGUGGAUAUGCUGCAGAUUAUUAUGAUGAGCACCCCGAUAGUCGGCGAUACGAUGCACAGCGCGACUAUGGCUCACGACAGGCACGCCGUCCACAACACGAAUUUCGACGUCGGGCAUCGCCCAGCCGCUCAUCCCGCGAUCAAAAUCGUCGCCAAUCCACGGGCCAGGCUUCGAGAGUCAAUGGCGACCAAGACCGGCAUAGUACUCGUGAUGAAGGCCCCAGUGACAGCGACCGUGAUAAAGGCCACAGUAGCUUCCUAGGCGAAAAGGGCAGGCAGCUUUUAAUGCAUGCUGCUCUUCCCCUCGUCGCCGCCGGUGCUGCAGAGGCCUUGCGGGCGCGCAAGGAGCCUGGAGAAUGGAAGGGAGACAAAGGGAAGCAUGUUCUGACGGCAGCUGUCACCAAUGGAUUGGUUAAUAAGGAUCCAAGCAAGCCUCAGAAACACCAUAUCAUGGAUACUACACUUCAUGGCUUACGUGAAGGUGCCCCUAACCGUGAAGAGAGAGCUGAGCUUCAGCGUCGGGUUGGCGGAAGCCGUACAUCGAGCAAUCUGAAGAAAGUUGCUGUCGCAGGUGUGGUGGCCUUCGCGGGAAAGGAGCUCUAUGACCGAUAUGGCCGCUCGCGAUCUGUGGCACGAGACUACAGCGAUGACCCUUACAGCUCGAAGAAACGCAGUCAGAGUGUCUCGGAUGACCGGCACCGUGGAAUGAAGUCUCCGGACUAUGAAGAAAGCGAUGAUCAGAGAAGCACUCGAUACAAAGACAGGAAUGGUCAAUCCAACCAGUGGGAAAGUUAUCCUAGUCGCGACCGCGACUACAGGAAUUGGGAUUAUGGCUCUGAUGGGUAUUCGGACUCGGAUAUGGAAAACAACUAUCAUGGAGAUGAUUACGGGCGACAACAAAGCUCUCGAGAUCUGGCCCGACCACGUUCCUUGAACAGGUACCCUGAUAAUCACCCACAUGGGGACUGGUCGAGCUCCGAGGGCGAUUCGGAUUUGGAGCUAGCUCAGAUGAAAAGGAAAAUGGAAAAGAAAAUGGACCGUGAUGUGCUGUUAACCUCCGGGCUAGCCACUGCGGCAACCGUUCACGCCGCUCACAAAGUCUACGGCUCAGUUAAUAAGCGCAAGCAACGCGCGGCUCAGCUGGAAGAUGGCGAGAUCACGGCCGAUGAGGCGCGCAAGGAGCGCAUUAAAGCCAACACGAUUGAUGCGGCGAGUAUCGGUCUCGCCGCGCUGGGUAUCAAGGGUGCGUAUGGAGAGUGGAAAGAAGCGAACGAUAAUCGCAAGGAGACACAAAAUUUUAAACACGAGCGUUAUCGUCAUGGAGAACAACGCGAACUGGAGCGCAAUCGCAAUCGCAGAUACUCUUAA